AUGAGAAGCACUUUGAUAUUGCACUGUUGAUGAGAGAGUGUGUGCAGAGUGAGAGUGAGAGAGCGAGAGAGAGACAGAACGACAGCAGAGCGCUCUGUAAACAGGCUGUCAGAGAAGAAAGUGCAGGGACAUUUUCAUCCGCUACAGCCAAAGGAGUGCGUUGCAUGCAACACUGAAGGAUAAUCACAAGAGGCAGAGAGAGAGAGAGGGCGAGAGAAGGUUUAAUUAAUUCAUGCAGGAGGGGAGGGAUGUUUCUGCCGCUGACUGAGCUCAAAAAAGCAUUUUGUUUGUGAGCAGUCUGUGCUCUGAGCACCAUCACCUGAACAAGCAGAGGUAUAGGAUAACUCCGGUUGACAGGUCAUCAGUUGCUCAUCCGUGUGCACCAGUCAUCUCACCACAGCAGAGCUACUCCGACCGGUGGCACGGCACGCACCUCACCUUCACACUGCCCUCGUCCUUGCACCCUCCCUUGUUUCGCCAAUUCUCAUCAGGGACACCAAUUCACCAUCUGCUCGUAAAGGAAAACAAUAUGAACAUGCCAGAUCAUACCAUCUCUUUCUCAUACCUCACCUGAGGACAAUCAGCUUGGUUCCUUCAGCUCGCCGCAAGCGCUCUGAUCAGCGAGAUGGGAGACUGGGUGUGUCUGAGCCCAGCCGAAUUCUCCCAGCUGCAGCAGUACAGUGAGUAUUCCUCCAAGAAGCUUAAAGAUGUCCUUGAAGAGUUUCAUGGAAAUGGUGUCCUCUCCAAGUACAACCCUGAACAGAAGCAAGAUGUUCUCAACCAACCCAUCGACUAUGAGGGUUUCCAGCUAUUCAUGACGACCUACCUGGAGAAUGACAUCCCUGAGGAACUGUGCAAACACCUCUUCACUUCCUUUAAGAGCAAGAAUGGCGGAGGCAGCUCCCCUGACACCUCUCGAUCUGGAGCAGGCAUGCUGGGUAUGAAUGGAAAGAGUAUUUUGAGUGCUAUGAGCCGACAUACACCAGAGAACUCUGUAGGGAUGACUCCAGGCUCAGGGGCCACCACGUCUCCCUGCUCAUCCCGCUCCUCCUCACAGCGAUCAGGCACAGGGGGCCACACACCCAGAGGCCCCCACCGGUCACCCAGCAUGCAGCCCAGACCCCCAGCGGGCAGCAGCAGCAGCAGCAGCAAUGCUUUGGCUCUCUCCAAGACCACAAACUCCCCGCGCCUUUCCCUAGAGCGUAAUCAAUCUGAGAAUCGUACAUCUCUCCGGAGGAGUCCUUCUCCACAAAAUGGCUCUCCAUCGCCCCAAGUGGUCUUCCUUAAAGACAUUGUGUGCUACUUGUCUCUGCUGGAGAGGGGGACGCCAGAGGACAAGCUUGAGUUCAUGUUCAGGCUGUACGACACAGAUGGCAAUGGCCUACUGGACAGUUCGGAGCUUGACCGUAUAAUAAAUCAGAUGGUCCAUGUAGCCGAGUACCUGGAAUGGGACUCUACAGAACUACGGCCGAUUCUUAAGGAGAUGAUGGAGGAGAUUGACUAUGACCGGGAUGGAACGGUCACACUAGAGGAGUGGAUCAGAGGAGGAAUAACCACCAUACCACUUCUGGUACUGCUGGGAAUGGAGACGAAUGUACAGGAAGAUGGGCAGCACGUAUGGAGACUAAAGCAUUUCAACAAGCCAGCAUACUGUAAUUACUGCCAUACAAUGUUGUUAGGAGUACGAAAACAGGGCCUUUGCUGCUCAAUAUGCAAGUACACAGUCCAUGAGCGCUGUGUGUCCAAAGACAUUGCUCCUUGCAUUAGCACCUAUGCCAAGUCCCGCAGACACACCAAUGCAAUGCAGCAUGUUUGGAUUGAGGGCAACUCCCCAACAAAAUGUGACAAAUGUCACCGCAGUAUCAAGUGCUAUCAAGGUCUAACAGGCCUUCACUGUGUUUGGUGUCAAAUCACUCUCCAUAACAAGUGUGCGUCCAAUGUGAAGCCUGAGUGUGAUGGUGGACCGUUAAAAGAUCACACACUCCUGCCCUCGUACAUCUGCCCUGUUGUUCUGGACCGUCAAUGUGCUGUCAAAAGAGGUGAAGGAGAAUCAUCCCCCAGUACCAGCCCUGAGGACACUGGCCAGUGUUUCAAGUUCACCGGGGACGGCCAGGCACUGCAGAUCACCCCUCUGCCUGGAACACACCCCCUUCUUGUGCUGGUUAAUCCUAAGAGUGGUGGUCGGCAGGGUGAGAGGGUGCUGCGGAAAUUCCAGUAUCAGCUUAACCCCAGACAGGUGUACAGUCUGGAACAAGGAGGACCCAUGGCAGGUCUCAACUUUUUUCGAGACGUGCCUGAUUUCCGUGUGCUGGCCUGUGGAGGCGAUGGAUCAGUGGGGUGGAUUUUGGACUGCAUUGAUAAGGCCAAUUUUGCUCGGCAUCCUCCUGUUGCGAUCCUGCCGCUGGGGACUGGGAAUGACCUCGCUCGCUGCCUGCGCUGGGGUGGAGGCUAUGAAGGAGGCAGUCUGGUUAAGUUCCUCAGGGAUAUUGAGCACAGCACCGAGUUGAUGCUUGACCGCUGGAACAUCGACAUUGUCCCUGAUGAUAAGGAGGAGAAGGGAGAUCCUGUACCCUACAGCAUAGUGAACAACUACUUUUCCAUCGGAGUGGACGCAUCCAUAGCGCAUCGCUUCCACUUAAUGAGAGAAAAACAUCCAGAGAAGUUUAACAGCAGGAUGAAAAACAAGUUGUGGUACUUUGAAUUUGGCACCACAGAGACCAUCUCAGCCACUUGUAAAAAGCUGAACGAAACCAUUGAGGUGGAGUGUGAUGGCAUCAUCUUGGAUCUCAGCAGCACGGCUCUGGAGGGUAUCGCUGUGCUCAAUAUUCCCAGCAUGCACGGGGGCUCCAACCUGUGGGGCGAGUCCAAGAAAAGACGGAAUUACAAUCGCAUGAGUAAGAAAGUGCCAGAGAGAAUGACUGGCAGCACUGUCACCGAUGCCAAGGAGCUCAAGUUUUGUGUGCAAGAUCUGAGUGAUCAGCUUCUGGAGGUGGUGGGUUUGGAGGGAGCCAUCGAGAUGGGUCAGAUAUACACGGGUCUCAAGAGUGCUGGGCGGCGCCUUGCACAGUGUUCCAGUGUCACCAUCAGGACGUCCCGGCUGCUGCCCAUGCAGAUCGAUGGAGAACCGUGGAUGCAGCCUCCAUGCACGAUACGGAUCACGCAUAAGAACCAGGUGCCUAUGCUGCUGGGACCGCCACAGAAAACUCCCUUCUUCUUCUUCAAGAAGCGCAACAGAAGUCGGGACUAAAUGUGGGACUCCAAAAAUCAGCCACUCUUCUACAAUCAUACAAACACACUCAAGCAUCUCCACCUUCCUCAGCCUCUUCUUUGUCGUUGGCUAGUGGGACCCAAAGAGAAGAGACUUUUCAAACAGCUUUGUGGAACAAAUCAAUACAAAUACAACACUGCAAUGGGCCUCUAAUAGACUCCAUCUCUCAACACAGCCUGGCUGAACCAGUUAAAUGGACCUUCUCUGAGUGUCAUGACCACUUCCUGUGUCUUAUCAUCCAGAACGUCUUAUCACAGGCUCGUGACCUGUAAGCUAUGACUCAAUUCCAACCAAAUUCUCCCUACCAGUAGGCCACUGCCUUGGGAUCACACUGUGUGCCCUCUCCCUCCUCUUGAGACGGCUCGUCAGAAGAUACUGCCAAUUUCCAAGAGAAAAAGAGAGAGGGGCAGGACCAAGAGCAAGAGACUCACUCAGUAAAUGGACAAGAAGUGUGUUCAAGUGAAAAGAGAAGGAGAGCGAGACACUCUGGCACAAUAAUGUUCUUCACAUGACAGUUGGUGGUACACAUAUGGACGUCACUGGGCCCUGGCUUAGCCUAACAGGACCAGGGAACAAACUUUCCUCCUAAAGGAGCUUACUGAAUUAUACAUCAGUGCAUGCAAAGCACUCAUUCCAGUGCCUCUCUAAGGCUCUACAACAUGCCACCACUAAAGAGAUGAAACGGCAAACUCAUCCAUUAUGAAAAUGUUUAUGGGGGUCUUCUGAUAGGGAUAGGUUAGACUGGCCUGAAAGAGAUGUAACAUUUCAGCUUCCGUAGUUUGCCCCGGGCUUUUUUGGUGUUCGUCCUCAGGCCGCAAAACUGACCAGUGCAAGUUGUUACAGUUAGCUGGAUGUUUAUUUAAUCAUAUACUCCCCUCUAAAACAACAGUGCUAGUGCUCAGUGUUGAGAAUGGACCUAUAGUCUUUUAAAAAGGAAAACCCU